AUGGCCCAACAACCGCACGACGACAUGGAGAAAGAUACCGUGGGAUAUGCCGAGCCACUGGAGGCCGAGCAUCAGGACAAGAUGGAGGGGAACUCCGCUCCGACUCAAGGACUAAAGCGGGAUCUCCAUGCCCGUCACAUUAACAUGAUCGCCCUCGCAGGCAUGAUUGGAACGGGUCUCUUCCUCGGCUCUGGCAAAGUCAUCGCAACCGCUGGGCCUGCUGGGGCCCUGCUGGCCUACACCCUCAUGGGUUGUGUCACCGCCGGCGUUGCAUACACGACUGGCGAAAUAACAGCGUUUUUGCCUCACACCGGAGGUUUCGUUCGACACGCGACCAAAGUUGUCGAGCCAGCUCUCGGAGCGGCGACCGGCUGGAAUUUCUGGUAUACCAUGUCCAUCUCGGUUCCGGCUGAGAUUAGCGCUGCUGCCACUGUAAUCCAGUUCUGGAGAACGGACAUCAACCCGGGUGUCUGGAUCACGAUUUUCCUCAUUGUUAUCAUUGUCUUGAACCUGUGUGGCGUCAGGUUGUAUGGCGAGUCUGAAGUUGUGUUCGCAUCAUUGAAGAUCAUGCUAAUCAUAGGCCUCAUUAUCGGUGGGAUUGUCAUUAACGCCGGUGGAGGCCCAAACAAGGAAUAUUUGGGUUUCCGAUACUGGGAAGGUCCCGGCGCCUUCAACACUUUCAUUGAGACUGGAGCAGCCGGUGGUUUCCUUGCAUUUUGGAAGGUGAUGCUCCCGGCUGCCUUCAGCUACGGUAAUAUCCAAGUCGUGGCCAUCUCUGGUUCCGAGACUCAUAACCCCAGGAAGACAGUGCCAGCAGCUACUAAGAAGACAUUCUAUCGAGUUUUGUUGUUCUACAUUCUUAGCAUCUUCAUCGUGGGAAUUAUUGUACCAUACAAUGAUCCCUCCUUGGCUCUCUCGACCGGAACUGCCCAACAAUCUCCUUUUGUGAUCGCGUUCAGCCGUGCCGGUGUUUCUGUCGUUCCUUCAAUCAUCAACGGAGUUGUCUGCACCUCGGCUAUCAGCAGUGCUUCAGCAUGCAUCUUCAUUGCCUCCAGGACGAUGUAUGGAUUAAGUGUUGAUGGCCACGCCCCCAAAGUCUUGCAACGCUGCAACCGGUUCGGCAGCCCGCAUUACGCUAUCGGGCUGACCUGCGUUCUCUUUCCACUUGUUUAUCUCAACGUCGCCAACAACACUUCAGUUGUGUUCGGCUGGUUCGUGAACAUCACGACAGUCGCUGGUCUCAUCGGAUGGGUCGUAAUCGAGGUCACUUACUUAAGGUUCUAUGCUGGCUUUAAAGCACAAGGGUACUCCCGGAAUGAUAUUCCGUAUAGGAGUCCUUUCCAGCCCUACACGGCUUGGGCUACGCUGAUUCUCGUGCUAUGUGUCAUUAUAUUUUCCGGAUUCGAUGUGUUUGUCAAGGGUCACUUCACAAUCGAUGGGUUUCUCACUUGCUACCUCAAUAUUGCCAUCUUCACUGUGCUCUAUCUUUUCUUUAAGUUCUUUCUGAAGUCAAAGGUGGUCCCACUUCAGGAGAUUGACUUUGAGAGCGAGUUCCAAGCAAUGCGCCAGGAAGCUGAGCGAUUAGAGGCCGAGCAUUUCGAGGAAAAGAAGAAGCCCUUAUGGCGCCGUAUCCUCAAUAGCUUCUAA